AUGUUCAGCAGGAAAAAGACUGGAGAGGGAGAGCGGGAAAAAGAGAUGGAGCGAGUGAAGAAAACGAGUGUGCCAACACCAGCGCCAUCUCCUGGUGGCGUGAGACCAGCAUCAGGGGCAGAGGAGGGGCAGACCCCUCUUCCUGGAGCCCCGUGUCCCACAGAGCUCCGAUUGGUGCUGCUGGGGAGGAAGGGGGCGGGGAAAAGCUCUGCGGGAAAUGCCAUCCUGGGCAUCAGCGAGGGGGGCUUCACCGACGGCAGUCCGACGGAGGAAUGCGUGGAGAGGUGGGCGCACGUGGCCGGCAGACGGGUGGUCAUCGUGGACACCCCCGGGUGGGAGUGGUACUACCCUCUCAACGGCACGCCCGAGUGGGUGAAGUGGGAGACAGUGCGGAGUGUGACCCUGUGCCCGCCCGGACCCCACGCCCUGCUGCUGGUGGUCCGGGCCUACGCCUCGGUGGACGGAACCUACCGGAAGGAGAUCCAGGAGCACAUGGAGCUCCUGGGCGAGGCGGUCUGGAAGCACACGCUGGUGCUCUUCACGCAGGGCGCCGAUCCGGAGGUCGUGGCGGACAGGAUCGGCGAGGGCGGCGCGGACCUCCGGCUCCUGGUGGAGCGCUGUGGGAACCGGUGGCACGUGCUCCGCAGCACAGCCAGGGGGCGCCACGCCGCCCAGGACGCCCAGCUGCUGCGCAAGGUGGAGGAAAUGGUGGCUGCCAACGGAGGCGCCCCCCUGGAGAUGGAGCCGGUCCGUUUGCGCCUGGAGCAGCAGGGCGGCGGCCGGAGGCCUGGAGAGGAGAGGAGGAGCCAGAGACUACAAGAGGAGAGGAAGCUGAGAGAGUCCCUGCGAGAGAUAUUCACCGGCGAUGGGAGCCAUGUCACCUGGAGAGAGGAGGUACAGGCGCGCUGGCCCACAGGGCGUGGUCGUGGCCUCCCGGACCUACGGCUGGUGCUGCUGGGGGAGCGGGAGACCGGGAAAAGCUUGGCGGGAAACGCCAUCUUGGGAGGGGCUCCGUUCCUGGCCGGCAGGGUUACGGAGGAGUGCACCAGCUCGCAGGGGGAGGUGGCGGGCAGACGGGUCACCGUGGUGGACACGCCCGGCUGGGAGAGCAAGCGGACCCCCGAGAGGGUCCGGCACGAGAUUGGGAGGAGCGUGACACUGUGCCCGCCAGGGCCCCACGCCCUGCUGCUGGUGGUGGGCGUGGACUCGGACGUCACUGUGCAGGCCGCGGUGGAGCACAUGGGGGUGCUGGGUGAGGAGGCCUGGAGGUUCGCCCUCAUCCUGUUUACGGGCCGAGACAAGCUGAGGCGUGGCGCCACCAUCCAGCAGCACGUCCACAGUUCGGCCAAAGCCCACCAGCUCGUGGAGAGGUGCGAGGGCAGGUACCACGUCAUCAGCGGCGCGGAGCCGGUGAACACGCAGGUCACAGAGCUGCUGGAGAAGGUGGAGGACCUCGUGGCGGGAAACGGCGGGCAGCCGUUCACGCCGCUGACGCAGGAAAUAAGAGAGCUGAUGGGACAGAAGGAGGAGAGACGGAAGAGUGAGACGGAAACGAAAGCAAAGAAGGAGAGAAGCAGGAUGAGUUUUGAGAGGAAACCCAAGGAAAGGGAAAGAAUGGAGGGGAAGCCGGAGGCAGGGAGGCAGGAACAGGAGGACAGAAGGCAGACAGAGAUGAGGAAGCUCCUAGACAAAAGAGUAAAGGAAAUGAAAGAGAAAAACGACAGAAUCACAGCAAUUCUUGACCAGGAGUACAGGCUUAGAGAGGGGGAUAUGAAGCUAAAGAUGCAAGAGAAAGAGCGGGAGAUCAAAGCCCUGAUGGAGAAGAAUGAAGAAAGAGAAAUUAGAAUACUGACCGCAGAGAGAGAGAUGCACCUUGACAGGAGGAUGUGGGAAAAGAUGCACCAACAGAGCGCAAAAGAAAGGGAAGAGCUGGAGAAAAGUGCUGAGGAAGAAAAGAAGAAGAACAGUGAGCUGAUGGAAAGAACAGCGGCGAUGGAAAAAGAAGCAGAUGAGUCGAGAAGGUUAUGCCAGAGUCUUGUUAAAACAGAGGAAGAAUUGAGAAAGAUCAUUCAAAAUAAAACUACAGAAAUGGAGGAGCUGAAUCGACUGAAUGAAGAGAAAAAGACAGAGCUCAACGACCUGGCGAUGGAAUUCCACAAACGGGGAGAGGAGAUGGAGAACCUGGAGGAGAAGAAGAAAGAGAGAGACUUAAUGUUGGAUAAAAUGAAAGAGUUUUAUGAAGAGCAGAGGAUGAAAAGAGAAGCUGAGAUCAAAGCAAACAUGCAGAAGUGUGACCUGGAAAUAGGGGAAUUAAAACGCAGGAAUCUGGAAAAAAAGACAGAAUUGUGUGACUUGCAUCAAAUGUAUGAGGACAAAGAGAGGGAGGUGGAAGAACUACAGCACACAAUUCAGGUGGCAGAGCAAACCACUGAAGUUCUGAAGCAGGAUUUUGAGAAGAAACAGCGACAGAAGAAGAAGAGAAGAGUGAUCGCUGAAGGGAGCCCUGCACAGCCUCCCAGUACGGUUUCCCCAACAUUCCCGCUGUCUCCUCAGUCUCCCAGUCAAAUCCGUACCGCAUUCCCACCAUUCCCAGAGUGUCCCGGUCCAUCUGAGCUCAGGCUAGUCCUGCUGGGAGAGAGCUGGGCCUCCAACAGCUCGGCUGGAAACAGCAUCUUGGGUGGACAGGAGGCCCAGACAGAGAGAGGCACAGUGAGGCGAGGGCAGGCAGCCGGGCGGCGGGUCGCUCUGGUGGAAGUGACAGGGCCCAAGUGGUACCUUGGGGACGGGGCCGCAGGUCACGCCCUGCAGAGGGCAGCUCUGUGCCCCCCAGGGCCCCACGCCUUCCUCCUGGUCGUCCCCGCGUAUCUCUCUUUCACAGCCGGCUACGGCCGGGCGGUCAGGCUCAACAUGGCCGCCUUCGGCACGCGGGUGUGGAGGCACACGCUGGUGCUCUUCACCUGGGCGGAGGCUUUGGGGGAGAGUGUCGAGCAGCACAUUCUGAGGAGCCAGGGCCUCCGCAGGCUGGUGCACAGGUGCGGGAACAGGUACCACGCCCUACACAGCCGGAGGAAUGCCCGUCACGUCUCCCAGCUGCUGGAGAAGGUGGAGGAGAUGGUGGCGUCAAACCGGGGCAGGUUCUACAGCUGCGGGGAAGAGGAGGAAGAGGAGGAAGAGGGGGAAGAGGAGGAGGACGAGGAGGUAGAAGGACGAGCUGAGAGAGAGAAGUGCACAGAGGCAGGCUGGAGAGAAAGGAAGGAAUAGAGUGGGAGAAAAGGGGGAGAAAAGAAAAACAAAGAUGAGGAAGAAACAAACAAGUGCAGGAAGAUUGUGGAGAACCAAACACAAGUGGGGAACCAGAGACCACACUGCUCUUUACAAUGAACUGUUAUUGACACGUGCAACGUGUUAAAAGUUAAAAGGAUCUCAGCUGACUUUAACCUCUUUUUCCCAGACCUGUUUUCAGUACUAUUUAAUAAAGCUGUUCCACUGUGUGGCAACACA